AAGAAGACCUUCUCGUUGCGUCUUCAACUACCUACAACUUCAUCUUGUCAAGGCAACGAUGCGUGUUUUAGGAAUGAAGGCAUUGUUAUUAUUUUUGUUGGUGUGCGUCGAAAACUGUUCAGCAAACCUUGUGGCUGGAAACGAUACCCAUGUAGCUGGAGAGGCUUUCAAAACCAACAGAAUAAAAAUGGGGGACGAGGAACUGUACAUAGUAACCGCUGCAGAUGGAACACCUUUGACAACAAUUGAUGUUUUCAAUGAUGAGGGAUAUGAAAUCGAGUUCACUCCAGAUGGCAGCAAGUGUCGCCUUAGCCAGGUUCAUGACAACAGUUCAUGCUUCGAAGAGGUGCCACUUGCGGACGAUGAGCCAGUUUCCGCACUUAUUUAUGAACGUUGCAGAGGCAGAGAGAUCGUGACCUUGAAACCAGUGGAUUGCGAAGCUCAUUCCAAGCCCCUAGCAGAUGCAAGCAGUCGUGAAAAACGGUUCUUUCGCUGGUGCCUACGACGGAUAUAUCGCGUCAGUUGCUCUCUACGAUGUUGUUUCCGCUACAAAUGCUCCGUGAAUGUUUAUUGGGAAUGGUACAGGUGUUGAUUCCUCAGCCCUGUUGACAGAUCCAAGAUUAUAAAAGAUGUCAUUGGAGCGCUGUUAUGAACUGACAUUUUGUUACAAAUUCUAUAUGCAGAUUUUUAUUUGUGUGACUGUGUUACGUGUAAUGUAAUGUGGCUUUCAAAUGUAUGAUUAUUGUUUCCCGGAAACAAAACUUGAUUCCUAACAACUUUACUUUUACUUCGCCCCGUAAAAACCACAUUCAUUCAAAUAAUUUCUUUAUAUAAAAAUAAAAUUAUAGAGACUCCUUCACGCAUAUUUUUUCUGAAAAAAAUUGUUUGUCGUUCUUAUAUAAAUUAGUUCGUUAAUAACUAAUUGGAAUGUU